AUGGCUGCGGCGGAUGUUAAUUCGCAGUUCGAGGAUCUCUGUGUCCUCGAGGCGGGGAAGCUCGCGAGUCGGUCGGGGCUGGCUUCCAACAGUGAGGUCGAGCAGCGGAUCGGCGAGUGGAGUUUCUGCGCAGACCAGGGACGCCGGGGAGCAAAGAGUGGACGAAUGCACAGUAGUGUUAUAAACCCAUUCUGCACAAGCAAGAAAUUCAAGCCAGUUAGAUGUGUUCUGUCGGGUGUAAAGUCGCAAAUACUGCACCAGCGUGCGGUUAGUGCGUUCGGUCUGGCCCUCGGCCUCCGGAUGGUUGGUGGUGGUCAUGUUGUGGUCGAUGCCGAGCCGUUCCAUGAGGCUGCGCCAGAAGGCGCUAACGAACUUCGGAUCCCUGUCGGUAAUGAUGCUUUUUGGGAAGCUGUGGAGAUUUCACACAUGAUUAAUGAAGAGGGCCACUCCUUCCGCUGUGACCAUGCUCGAGCAGGGAAUAAAUGCGGGCAAGAGAGGGCGUAUUCCUCGAUUGAGGGGCGCAUCGUAGGCCACCAGAAGGACCUGGCAGCACGCUCCACCGUUGUAUUGACCCCACCAUGA